AUUACGAAAAUGGCUGAAGCAAAAUCACGUCGCGUAGCACAAACAGAAGAUUUAUCAAACGUUGAGUUUGAAACCAGUGAAGAUGUGGAAGUUAUUCCAACAUUCGAUAAUAUGGGGCUUAGAGAUGAGUUGUUGCGCGGAAUUUACGCUUACGGUUUUGAAAAGCCAUCAGCUAUUCAGCAGAGAUCUAUUAAACCGAUUAUGAAAGGACGAGACGUAAUAGCACAAGCUCAGUCUGGUACAGGAAAAACGGCAACAUUUUCAAUUGCUAUAUUGCAGUCUUUAGACACACAGAUCAGAGAAACACAAGUAUUAGUCUUAUCUCCUACGAGAGAAUUGGCAACACAAAUACAGAAAGUUAUUCUAGCCCUUGGAGAUUUUAUGAAUGUUCAAUGUCAUGCUUGUAUAGGUGGUACUAAUCUUGGAGAAGAUAUCAGAAAAUUAGAUUAUGGGCAACAUGUUGUAUCAGGCACACCUGGCAGAGUAUUUGAUAUGAUAAAAAGAAGAGUUCUCAGGACUAGAGCUAUAAAAAUGUUAGUUCUUGAUGAAUCAGAUGAAAUGUUAAAUAAGGGUUUCAAAGAACAGAUUUAUGAUGUAUAUAGAUAUUUACCACCUGCAACACAAGUUGUAUUAGUGUCCGCAACACUGCCACACGAAAUUCUUGAAAUGACAAGUAAAUUCAUGACAGACCCCAUUCGUAUUCUUGUAAAACGUGAUGAAUUGACAUUAGAAGGUAUAAAACAGUUCUUUGUGGCUGUUGAAAGAGAAGAAUGGAAAUUUGACACACUAUGUGACUUGUAUGAUACGCUGACAAUAACACAAGCAGUAAUUUUUUGUAAUACUAAACGUAAAGUAGAUUGGUUAACUGAAAAAAUGAGAGAGGCUAACUUCACAGUUUGCUCUAUGCAUGGUGAUAUGCCACAGAAAGAAAGAGAUAAUAUAAUGAAAGAAUUUAGAUCUGGACAAAGUCGUGUUUUAAUUACAACUGAUGUAUGGGCAAGAGGAAUAGAUGUUCAGCAAGUGUCCCUUGUAAUCAAUUAUGAUCUACCUAACAAUCGUGAGUUGUAUAUCCAUAGAAUAGGACGAUCAGGACGUUUUGGAAGAAAAGGUGUGUCAAUUAAUUUUGUAAAAACCGAUGACAUAAGGAUUCUUCGAGAUAUCGAACAAUAUUAUUCAACACAAAUCGACGAGAUGCCUAUGAAUGUAGCGGACUUAAUAUAA